AUAUGUGUGCAUUGACUUUUGGUUUUGUUUUAAAAGAGGCCAUUUAAUAGAUUGUAAAAACAACAACAAAAACCCGACAUGUUAAACAACCCGGACAAAACCGAGUUCCGAGAUCCCAUCUCUUUAAACGUAGGCGGGCAAGUUUACACGACAACGCUGUCUACUCUGACCCGCUUCGAGGACUCCAUGCUCGGGGCGAUGUUCCGGGGAAACCUGCCUCUUUUGAGGGACCGAAAGGGGAACUACGUUAUCGACAGGGACGGCAAAGUCUUUCGGCACAUCCUCAACUACCUCCGGUCCAGCUCGCUGGACCUCCCGCAGGACUUCAACGAAAUGCAGCUGCUGAAAAGGGAAGCGGACUUCUACCAGAUCGGACCCUUGCUGGAUGAACUGGGUCGCCACGAAUGCGGUUUGAGACAAGCGGCGGGGAGAAGCGCCGUCCUCACCGUGGACGUGCACUGCCAAGCCAGGACGCUGCACUUCAACUUGAAGAAGAGCCCGGAGAACUACGAGCUCUUCAGCUGCACGGUGCAGGUUUGCACCGCCAAUGUCUUCUGCACGUCCCGGGCGGUUGUGGAGCUUCUCUGCAGCAGAUUCUCGUACCAGACUCCGGAGGGCGCUGUUGCCCCGCAAGCCGAGGAGGGGCAGCCGAACUACCUGCGGCUCCAAUGGACCCCUCGCCCGGCCGAAAUGCCGGUGGAGCUGUUCAACAAGCACGGCUACCGGCAGCUGACAGCCGCCCAGCUCCCGUCCACAGAGAGCAACUCUGUGCAGGACGCCCGGGGCUUCGUGGCAUGGAUGCUGCAGCUGGCGCUAGCCGAAGGGUUUCGGGUGGACUCGGUUUUCCCCGACUCUGCCGAUAUACUGAACUGCGGCUCUUUGCGGUGUGUGAGGUAUUGAAACGUUCAGUAAACACGGCGUUAUUUCCCCAUCUCCGGGGUGUUAAACUAUUUAAACGUUAAAACAGCAACAACAACAAAAAAAAAAAAGGUCAAUAUUGAGCGUUUUGAUUUUGUUUAAUACCUCUUCCCAACGGGAAUAACGUUCUUGUUAUAAUAACAACAACUUAUAGCUGUUACAAAAUAACACAUUGCAAAGUAUUACAGAUAAAGUACAAUGAAAUCAACAGAAAAUAAUAUCAAAUCUAUAGAAAAUAGUCUGCCGUGGAUAAUUCCGUGUGAGAGCGAGUUCCUCAGAGCGCACUUAGACCGAAGAGUCAAAAUAUUUGGGAAUACAAGUCAAGUCCGGUGAUAGGCGGUUAGGUACGAUGAAAUGGGCGAGAAUGAUUUCAAAUAAGAACAACUAUAUAACAAAAACACCGAAUAAAAUGAAAUAGAAAGGCACAGGGUGCUAAAGUUAGGAAUAUGUUAUGGAGCAGAUCCAUGCCCCUAUCAAGCAUUCAGAAUCCUAAAAGGUAUUGACAAUGUCGACCCAGGGGAACCAGG